CCUGGAAAUGACCUGAGCAAGCGUUGAGAAGUGAACGCCUCCCCCUUCUCGUAAGGCUCCACCCAUGCCACAGAUCCACCAUGCUGUAUGGCCAGAUCCUUCACAGGCGUGGCACAGACGAAAGCUUCCUCAACCUUAAUGUGGGCGGCUUUAAGCAGCGCGUGGAGCGCAGCAUCCUGCAGCGCUUUCCCAGGACCCGCCUGGGGUGCCUGUUGGGCUGCGUCUCCGAGGAGGCCAUCCUGGAGCUUUGCGAUGACUUCAGCCCCACCGACAAGGAGUACUACUUUGACCGCAACCCGCGUUUCUUCCGCUAUGUCCUUAACUUCUACCACACGGGCAAGAUCCACCUGAUGGAGGAGCUGUGUGUCUUCUCCUUCAGCCAGGAGAUUGAGUACUGGGGCAUCAAGGCGCUCCACCUGGACUCCUGCUGCAGCAACAAGUUUCAGGAGCAGAGGGAGUUUGCAGAGGACAAGGACUGGGACCGGAGGAGUGAUGAACAACAUCAGCAGUUUGGGAGCAUUGACUCAUCCAUGGAGGAUCUCUCAACUAUAGACCAGGACUUGGAGAAGUUUGAGGGCACCUGGUGCUCGGAGGUCCGCAAGAACAUCUGGCUGUGCCUGGAGAACCCGGGCUACUCACGUUUGGCCAAGGUGAUCGCCGUGGCCUCGCUGGUCAUGGUGCUGACCUCCAUCGUGGCCAUGUGCAUCCACAGCAUUCCCGAGUUCCACCAGGUGGACCUCAAUGACAAGGAGAUUGAAGACCCAGUGCUGGCUAUCUUCGAGGCUGUGUGCGUUGUCAGCUUCUCUGUGGAGUUCCUGGUGCGGCUGUCCGUGGCACCGUGCCCCCGGAAGUUCCUGAGUAACGUGCUCAACAUCAUUGACUUUGUGUCCAUCGUGCCUUUCUACGCCACGUUGGCCUUUGAGACGGUGGACGAGGAGAACGAGGAGCUGGAAAACGUGGGGAAGGUGGUACAGAUCCUGCGGCUGAUGCGCAUCUUCCGCAUCCUCAAGCUGGCACGCCACUCAGCGGGGCUGCGCUCGCUGGGUGCCACGCUAAGGCAUAGCUACCAUGAGGUGGGCCUCCUGAUGCUCUUUCUCUAUGUGGGUAUUUCCAUCUUCUCCGCCCUCAUCUACUUUGUGGAGAAGGAGUCAGAGGAGUCAGACAUAACGACCAUCCCUGUGGGCUGGUGGUGGGCCACUAUUAGCAUGACGACGGUGGGCUACGGAGACACCUGCCCAGUGACGGUGUUAGGGAAGCUAGUGGCAACCCUGUGCAUCAUCUGUGGGCUGCUGGUGGUGGCUCUGCCCAUCACCAUUAUCUUCAACAAGUUCUCCAUGUACUACCAAAGGCAAAAGGCCAUGGAUGCCGAUCAGAGCAAUAACGAGGCGGAGCUAUGCAAUAGUAACGAUAGUAAGAUCCCCGACCCCAGUAUACCUUGCUUUAAUGUCGGGGACCUGUACACCCAAAAGAUGAACUCAUUCAUCGGCAGUAUCUCUGUCAGGAGCAGCGUCGGCAAUGAUAAGGACACAGACAUCUCGAGUAUCCAGGAUGGAGAGACGACUUGUAUCCUGAGGGGCACUUGAGAGCUCAACUUACUAGACUUAAACCCUUUCACAUAGGUCAUCCACAAAUUAUCUUCUUCACUUUUGGGCCAGUUUCUCAAGUUCCAUGUGUAGUUCAGUUCUUCAAUCUUUACAUUACAGAUCUUCUCCAGGUGUUCCUUGGUCUCCCACGGUUUCAUUUACCUUGUGGGAUCCAUAAAAGGGACUGGAACAGUGGAUGCUGACUUUCUUGGAGUGUGGACACAGUUGAGAGCGGGGAGGAGAAAUAGGACCACCCUGCUUUCACCCGAGGCUUUUGAAAUAGCUGUACAUGGAAAAAAGCACUUUCCGGUUCUCAGGGUGAAAAUAAGUGUGCUGUAUCUCUCCACGUUCUUGUCCUUAGAGACUACGGUCCGUUAGACCUAAGACUUGGCCUGUUUUGGAUUAGUGGCUUGAGGACCUAUUUUAAUGCUGAGCAGUAUCUGUCAACAUUUUGAAUCAAUACUUUUUAUUUUUUACAUGGCAAUCAUAUGGAAUGAAAUAGCCAUGGUUUGAAACAAAAUUACAUUUAGCAAUGUCUGGCAAGCAUCUACUCAAUGGCAUGCUACUGCAUUUCUCCUCUUCUAUACUAAUAGUAGAAAGAGACAACUGCAUGUGUGCUUUAAGGAUAAAGUCAGUAUAGGGUGUCUAUUGCAGUAAUAAAGUAUGACCUUUGAGAUUUUAUAGCUUUUAUUUAAAUUGUAUUUAACUAGGCAAGUCAGUUAAGAGCAAAUUCUUAUUUACAAUAACAGCCUAGGAACGGUGGGUUACUUGCCUUGUUCAGGGGCAGAACACCAGAUUUUCACCUUGUCAGCUCAGGGAUUCGAUCUAGCAACCUUUCAGUGACUGGCCCAAUGCUCUAACCACUAGGCUACAAGUUUUCUUUAAAAAAUCAUUGCAUCAAUCCAGAGUUCUCUGCUUCAGCUGUCAGUCAAUUAUGCAAGACCUGCACAUAACCAUCAGUUGUGGCACGAUUACCUAUUUUAGGUUAUAAAAUAUCAGUUAGCCAUGCCAGGAAAGUCACUUCUUAGCAAAUAUGACAGGCACACAUAGAGCACAAACAUACAGAUAUAUAGAAUAUUAGUUACACAUGACUGUUUUAUGCCCUGUGUGAAUCUUAUUGUCUUGAACACAUUUAAACUUGACCAGAAUUUCCACAAUUUGACAUUGUUCAAAGGUGUAUAAAGUAUGCUUUGCCUGUCUCUCUCAAUCUCUCUUUUUUAAUCCCCCUUUCUCAUCCCUUCCAUCUGAUCUCCCUGAAUGCACUCAGAGGGAUGUCUCUCUCAGAUUAAGACGUGUACAUCAGAUCGAUCAGAGAGUGAAAAGCCAAACAUUGGGUCUUGCGAUCCAAGAAUUAUCAUGUAAUGCCCCGGCCAAAAGUUCCUUUCCAAAUGCCCCAGGUAAUCCAAUUGAUUUGUUCUCAUUUUAGAGGGGAUCAUUGAUCAAAGUGUCUCUACUGAAUUCAAAUCGCACAUGUCGCAGCAGGUAACUUACCUACCCUUUGCAAAUAUAAAAUGUAAUUUACAAGUGUCGGCAGUUAAUUAUGUUUUUUUCUCUGCUAUUACUCUGAAACGUGGCAGAACCAUUUAAAAAAGUACUGUAAUUGAGUUUGGUUUGUCCAAGUCUAUAUGUCUUUUGACGUUGCUUUUAUAACACCUAGAAUAGCAGAUUAUUAGUUAAUCUGCAGAGACAGACAUUUGUCUUCAGGUCUGCUCCAAGAAACAUACAAAUACAACAAUUGCAAUGUCCCGAAAGCUCUGGCCAUCAGUGUACCUUGACUGUGUUACCUACAUUAUACUGUCACUUUAUGCACACUUUUUUAUUUGCCUUAAAAUGAAAUUCCGGAACUAUUUCAUGAAUGCAACAAAGAUGUGACAUUGAAAAAAUUGCUAAGGUUACUGUGUGGUUGGCUCACAGACAAUGUGUAUGUUUUUUCUUAGCAUAUGUUUAAAAACAUAUAUAUAUAUUAUCCACCACCAUGCAGACCAUUUGAAGUAUAGACUGAAUUUUCCACAAGCGAAGCUGUUGAAAUGAAACUGGCUUUUUUUUGCAGCAGUUGAUUGUUAAGCAGCCUGAUACUGAUAUUUAAACAGAUUUUUACAUAGCACUGCAGAGUGUGUCAUUACCCUUUAUGAGAUAUUAAUUACGUGACCUUUUAUUGUAGACCUGACAGUUGGUUGAUAAUUGAGUGUCAACCAACCGUUAUUGCCGUCCACAUUAUUAUAAUCAGAGCAAUAUAAUUUACACUGUCCUCGUGACAGCUUUAAUUUGACUAUAUGCGGUACACUUUUGACUAGAUUUCGUGUAGUUGUAAAUACAGCAUGAACUGCAUAUACCCCCUUACCUAAUACCGGCUAAUGAUUUUGUUAUUCUGCUAGAUAGCCAUUUAUUUUCAUGAGCCAUGGGACUGGUGCGUUGAUUAUCAUGCAUCACAAUACAAUUAUUUGUUAAUUUCUAACCCAGAAUAAUAUUUUAUACUCAUUAAGGCAUUGUAAAUGUUACAUUUAAAGACAUCAACAAUUGCACAAAAGCCAGGCUCUAAUGAAAAAAAUUAUAUAAAUGACUAACAACAUGUCUUGAAAGAAAAACCCAUGAGAGGUCACUAUUGGCCCACUAGCAACAGCUGACUCAUACCACCACGUCGAAGUAAAGGGGCAUCAUGCACCCCAACAAUCGGAGGGGUCACAAAAUCGGAGUGGUGAGAAUGGCUUGGGGGUUGGUCCGGAGAACAGAACAGAUUAACCAGAAUGAUAUUUACUCUCAUGGGUCUCUCCCCCCCCCCAAAAAAGAUCUGAAAGCCACACCCCUUCUAAGCCCCGCUUCCAGUUUAAAAUGUAUGUAGUUCUGUCCUUGAGCUGUUCUGCUCUAAUGAUGUUCUGUAUUAUGUCAUUCUGUAUUAUAUGUUUCAUUUUAUGUUUCAUGGUCAUUCUGUUUCAUGUUUUGUGUGGACCCCAGGAAGAGUAGCUGCUGCUUUUGCAACACCUAAUGGGGAUCCUGACACAAUACCCAAUACCAGUGUUCUGAUCUGACCCAGUGGAUCAUAUCUCAAUGACCCAACUGGCUGGGUCAAAAACAACCCAGUGUGUGUUCUGUCCACUAUUUACCCAGCACUGGGUUGUUUUUAACCCAGCAUUUUUUCAGUGUAAAGUGUCUGGAACUCUACUGGAGGGAUGAGACACCGUUCUCCCAUGAGAAAUAUCCAUAAUUUGGUGUUUAGUUGAUGGAAAAUGCUAUCUCAGGCACCGCUCCAGAAUCUCCCAUAAGGGUUCAAUUGGGUUGAGAUUGGGUGACUGAGACAAACACACACUUUAAACCCCCUAUGCUCCUUUGAAACCGCUCUUUCAAAGUCACUGAGAUCUCUUCUUCUAGCCACGGUAGCCAAAAUAUUGGUCAACUGGGCAGUUUUAUACAUGACCCUAAGCAUGAUGGGAUGUUAAUUGCUUAAUUAACUCAGGAACCAUACCUGUGUGGAAGCAACUGCUUUUCAUACUUUGUACCCAUUAUUUACUCAUCUGUUUCCUUUAUUUUGGCAGUUACCUGUAGGUGUAACACAUGGAAGUAAUACGGUGAGCUCAAAGUAUUGGGACAGUAACACAUUUUUUGGUUCUUUACUCCAGCACUUUGGAUUUGAUAUUGUACAAUGGCUGAGGUUAAAGUGCACACUGUCAGCUUUAAUUUGAGGGUAUUGUCAUCCCUAUCUGGCGAACCGUUUUGAAAUUACUCAACCUUUUAUACACAGUCCCUUUAUUUUAGGGGACCAAAAGUUUUGGGACAAAUUCAAUUAUAUGUGUAUUAAAGUAAUCAAAAGUUUUGUAUUUGGUCCCAUAUUCCUAGCACGCGAAUGAUUAUAUCAUUUGCGACUACAAACUUGUUGGAUGAAUUUGCUGUUUGUUUAAGUUGUUUUUCAGAUUAUUUUAUGCCUAAUAGGAAUGAAUGGUAAAUAUUGUAUUGUGUCAUUUUGGAGUCACUUUUAUUGAAAAUAAGAAUAUUAUAUGUUUCUGAACACUUCUACAUUAAUGUGGAUGCUACCAUGAUUAAGGAUAGUCCCGAAUAAUGAUGAUUGAGAAAAUGAAAGACCCACAAAUAUCAUACCCCCCAAAAAUGCUAACACUCCCCGUUAUUGUAAUGGUGAGAGGUUAGCAUGCCUUAGGGGUAUGAUAUUUGUACAUCUGUAACUUUUCUCACUCAUCAUUAUUCAUGAUUCAUUGCGUGCUAGGAACAUGGGACCAAAUACUAAACUUUUGACGACUUUAAUACACCUACAGUGCAUUUGGAAAGUAUUCAGACCCCUUAACUGUUUCCAGAUGUUGUUACGUUACAGCCUUAUUCUAAAAUGCAUUAAAUAGUUUAUUUUUUCUCAUCAAUCUACACAGGUUGGAUGGGGAGCGUCGCUGCACAGUUAAAUUCAGGUCUCUCCAGAGAUGUUCGAUCAGGUUCAAGUCCGGGCUCUGGCUGGGCAACUCAAGGAUAUUCAAGAAACUUGUCCCGAAUCCACCCCAGUGUUGUCUUGGCUGUGUUCUUAUGUUCGUUGUCCUGUUGGAAGGUGAACCCUCGCCCCAGUCUGAGGUCCUGAGCGCUUUGGAGCAGGUUUUCAUCAAGGAUCUCUGUACUUUGCUUCGUUCAUCUUUCCCUCGAUCUUGAUUAGUCUCCCAGUCCCUGCCGCUGAAAGACAUCCCCACAGCAUGAUACUAUAUCUCAUCUCCGCAUGCUUCGCCGUAGGGAUGGUGCCAGAUUUCCUCUAGAUUUGACGCUUGGCAUUCAGUCCAAAGAGUUCAAUCUUGGUUUCUUCAGACCAGCGAAUCUUGUUUCUCAUGGUCAAAGUCCUUUAGGUGCCUUUUGGCAAACUCCAAUCGGGCUGUCAUAUGCCUUUUACUGAGGAGUGACUUCUGUCCUUCUGGAAGGUUCUCUCAUCUCCACAGAGGAACUAUGGAGCUCUGUCAGAGUGAUCAUCGGGUUCUUGGUCACCUCCCUGACCAAGGCCCUUCUCCCCCGAUUGCACAGUUUGGCCGGGCGACCAGCUCUAGGAAAAGUCUUGGUGGUUCCAAAUCUCUUCCAUUUAGGAAUAAUGGACACCACUGUUUUCUUGGGGACCUUCAAUGCUGCAGAAAUGUUUUGGUACCCUUCCCUAGAUCUGUGCCUCGACACAAUUCUAUCUCAGAGCUCUACGGACAAUUCCUUCAGCCUCAUGGCUUGGUUUUUGCUCUGACAUGCACUGUCAACUGUGAGACCUUAUGUAGACAGGUGGGUGCCUUUCCAAAUCAUGUCAAAUCAUUUGAAUGUACCACAGGUGGACUCCAAUCAAAUUGUAGAAACAUCUCAAGGAUGACCAAUGAAACCAGGAUGCACCUCAGCUCAUAGCAAAGUGUCUGAAUACUUAUGUAAAUAAGUUAUUUCUGUUUUUUAUUUUUUACUAAUUUUGCAAAACUUUUUUAUUUUUUUCUUCACUUUGUCAAUAUGGGGUAUUGUAUGUAGAUUGAUGAGGAAAAGGGUUUAUUUAAUCCAGUUUAGAACAAGGUAGAGUUUAGGAUAAAGUCAAGGGGUAUGAAAACUUUCUGAAUGAAGGUCCCAACACUUUUGGUCCCCUGAAAUGGGGUGACUUUGUACAAAAAGUGCUGUAGUAUCUAAACAGAGCCAAAACAACAACAACAGCUCACUGCAUGUAACUAUGUGUAUCUACACUGUAACUAUCUGCCUAAUAUAACUACCAUGCAAAGAUAUUGUUUUUGCAAAUACGUAGGCCACUUAGUAAACAGUGGGACCAAAAAUACAGCUGAAAGAAGCAUCAUGUGUCUGUCAUCCACUGCUAAAUGACAGAUUCUAAAAGCAGCAUAAAAAAGGAGACCAAAUGAAAUCUCCACAGAGACAAUUCUGCCUCCGAGGCAUUCCCUCUAGCUAGAGAGACAUUGAUUUUGUAUCCACUGUUAAUGUUUGGGAAUUUGAGGCCCAAACAUCAUCUUAGGCAUUUGACAUGUCCUUUCGAUUUGCCUCUGGUGGAGACGAGCGUGAGAAACAGACUUUGACUAAACGAAAAUGCAUGCUUAAGAUGCACCAAUAGUUCAGAUGCCAAGUUGACAAACAGCCUCUCAAAGACAUUUGCAUGGAAUGCUAAAGAUAGCAAAAAUAAAUCAAGUGUCGAUAAAGUUGGCAUCAAAAUCAAUUCACUAUACUCCCUUACACAAAAUAACAGGUGCACAUGUUAAGUAAAUCAGGGCUAAAGAGUGGACACAGCUGGAAGAAAACACACACUACAUCAACAUGCCCUCCAUUGUGGUAUAGUUAAAAUAACUUAUCAUCUAGAUUGAAACAGCCAUUUACAUGUAAAUAAAAAUGACAUGUUACAAAGCCAUCCACUUUUCUCUAUCUUGUUCCUGGUUGCAAAAAUUAGAGAAUACAUUUUUGGGGACAAAUGUCUAACAUGACUCAGAUAAACAAUGAAUUGUAUUGAUUUAUUGCCAUCCCACUCACUGAUAAGCCUUUUUUAUCGUAUGGCAGCUCUUUCCCCGCUUUUACAAGCAGCAUGCUUGAGAUAUCCCACUAAUGCAAUAGAUUAGACACCUGAAAGGAUGGAUCACAGGCUGAUGGUUAAAGACUGUGUGGUUUAGUGGUUAUAGGUUAUGCCACUCAA